UUUAUGCGAUAUAGCCGACUGGCUACAAACGACGACUCGUUAGACGAGUAUACGCCACUGAUGCUCAGCGAUCAACAAGGAGUAAGUGGGACAUCGCCUCAACAUCAUCAUUUGAAUACAGCUGACAACGCUCAUUUGCUUCCAAUUCUGUGUCCGUCAGUGCAGAGCAGUGUUGGAGGCGGAAGCAGCUUUGGGUCAAACCGGUCCGGAUUCUUUAAUAUGUUACAGUGCUUCAAAGGCCUUUUUCGCCGCAAACGUGUUCGGCACGCGCGCACAAUUAGAAUUGGCCAUGGCCCUGUUUGUACAGGUGGUCAUUCGUUCCCACCAAAUGUCAUCUGUAACAGAAAAUAUAAUAUAUUUACUUUUGUUCCAAUGGGAUUUGUUCUCCUUAUUACCUUAAUUCGUGAAUUUACCGAUGAUAUGGUUCGUUUAAUUCGUGAUAAAGAAGUGAACAGUGAAAAAUAUGAAAAGAUUACUUCUACAGGGAAAAUACUUGUGAAGAGCGCCGAGAUUCAAGUGGGCGAUUUGGUUGUUAUUGAAAAGGAUAGAAGAAUUCCUGCGGAUGUUGUAUUGUUGCGGACAACUGAAAAAUCUGGCGCUUGUUUUAUUAGGACCGAUCAGUUGGAUGGUGAAACUGAUUGGAAACUUCGAGUAGCUGUUCCAUACACUCAAAAUUUGGUCGAUGAACGUUUAAUUUUGGAUUUAAAUUGUGAAGUUUAUGCAGAGAAACCACAAAAGGACAUUCAUGCGUUUGUUGGAACAUAUAGGAUAAAUGCCGAAGAUUGUUCUCAUGACGGGUCUUUAUCUGUUGAGAAUGUUCUGUGGGCAAAUACUGUGUUGGCUAGUGGAACGGCUAUCGGUUUAGUUGUUUAUACAGGAAGGGAAACGCGUUCUGUCAUGAAUACAACAUUACCAGAUAGCAAAGUUGGAUUAAUUGAUAGAGAGGUGAACAAUUUGACGAAAAUUCUUUUUCUUUUUGUUCUUACACUUGCCUCUGUGAUGGUAGUGAUGAAGGGAUUAGACACCUACUGGUAUAGAUAUUUGAUGCGUUUUGUUCUUCUGUUUUCUUACAUUAUUCCUAUCUCACUCCGGGUUAAUUUGGAUAUGGCGAAGCUUUUCUAUACAUGGCAGAUUGGUAGAGACAAAAAUAUUCCUGAAACUGUUGUUCGAUCAAGCACGAUCCCUGAAGAGUUGGGACGAAUAGCUUUUCUUCUUUCUGAUAAAACUGGAACAUUAACUCGAAAUGAAAUGAGAUUUAAAAAGAUUCAUCUUGGAAGUACUUCUUUUGGGGGAGAAACGUUUUCUGAUGUUAGAAUGCACGUUGAGUCAGCUUACGGAGGAAAACUUGCUCGAAAUUCAUUUUCCGUUAAAUUGCAGACCGCUGUUGAGGCAAUUGCGCUCUGCCAUAAUGUUACACCAAUUGAUGAGAAAGGGAAAGCAACAUUCUACCAGGCGGCUUCACCAGAUGAGGUUGCGCUGGUACAAUGGACAGAACAGGUUGGGGUGAAGCUUGCUAAACGUGAUCUAGCUUCUAUGCACCUUGAAUUGAGCGGAAAUAGGAUUAAAUCCUUUCAAAUUCUCCAUCUUUUCCCCUUCACUUCUGAAUCUAAAAGAAUGGGCAUUAUUGUCCGAGAUGAACACACUGAUGAAGUUUCUCUUAUAAUGAAAGGUGCUGAUACAGUUAUGGCUCAAAUGGUUCAAUACAACGAUUGGCUAGAUGAGGAAUGUUCAAACAUGGCAAGGGAAGGUCUUCGAACAUUAGUUGUAGCAAAGAAGGUUCUUAGCAAAGAACAACUUGCCGAUUUUGAACGUGAAUAUCAUCGUGCCAAAAUGACAGUUACUGAUCGAAUGGAGAAUAUGGCAGCAGUUGUACGACUAUUGGAGAAUGAUUUGCAAUUACUUUGUUUAACAGGUGUCGAGGAUAGGCUUCAAGACCAAGUAACGACUUCGCUUGAACUUCUUCGUAAUGCUGGCAUCAAAAUCUGGAUGUUGACCGGAGAUAAAAUGGAAACUGCCAUUUGCAUUGCUAAAUCCUCUGGACUUUUUUCUAAAACAGAUAGUGUUCAUGUUUUUGGACAUGUCCGCGAUAGAACAGAAGCACAUAAUGAAUUGAAUGCUUUAAGAAAGAAGAACGACGUUUCCCUUGUAAUAUCUGGCGCAUCUUUAAAUAUUUGCCUUCAGUAUUAUGAGGCUGAAGUUGCUGAAUUAGUUUGUUCGUGUAAAGCAGUUGUCUCAUGUCGAUGUUCCCCUGAACAAAAAGCACAAAUUGUCAAUCUAUUAAAAAAGUAUAGACACCCACUUCGUGUUGCAGCUAUUGGUGAUGGAGGUAAUGAUGUCUCAAUGAUACAAGCGGCACAUGCAGGAAUUGGAAUUGACGCAAAUGAAGGAAAACAAGCCUCCUUAGCCGCCGACUUUUCUAUAACACAAUUUUCACAUAUCUGUCGUUUGCUUUUAGUCCAUGGACGUUUCUGUUAUAAACGUUCCUGUGCGCUUUCACAGUUCGUUAUGCACCGAGGACUAAUUAUUUCAACGAUGCAGGCAAUAUUUUCAUGUGUUUUUUAUUUUGCAUCUGUGUCGCUCUAUCAAGGUGUUCUUAUGGUUGCUUAUUCUACUGCUUAUACAAUGCUUCCUGUUUUUUCACUUGUCGUUGAUAGGGAUGUAACGGCACAGAAUGCAUUAACUUAUCCUGAACUUUAUAAAGAAUUAGGCAAAGGGCGUUCUCUUUCGUAUAAAACUUUUUGUAUUUGGGUUAUGAUAAGUAUAUAUCAAGGUUCAAUUAUAAUGUAUGGGGCACUUUAUGCAUUCGAUGAAGAUUUUAUCCAUAUUGUCUCAAUUAGUUUUUCGGCUCUUAUUAUAACUGAACUUGUAAUGGUAGCAAUGACAGUCCAUACAUGGCAUUGGGCUAUGUUAAUGGCUCAGGCACUUUCUUUGAGUCUUUAUGGGGCUUCUCUUGUAAUUUUUGACCGAUAUUUUGACCGUCAGUUUGUGCUCUCGUCUGAAUUUAUUGUUAAAACAACAGCAAUUACUUUAAUUUCUUGUAUGCCUUUAUAUGUUAUUAAAUUUUUGCGAAGACGUUUUUCACCUCCUUCUUAUGCAAAAGUUAAUUGA